AUGCUGGACCGUCCCAUCCAUAAACGCAAGAUGUCCUUAACCACGGAGGAGCAUCGUAAGAGGAAGGCUAACAGGAGGGCCCGAAGGUCAGCAAAGCUUCAUGUACCAUCAAAUGUACCUGGAUCAGAUUGGAGAGAGAUGUGCGACAUUGCAUACAGCAAUGCGUCUAAAAGGACAGUUUCGGUUAGCCAAGGAAGCGUUCAAAAUAAUGUAUGUCGACUUAAGUUUAUUUAAAACAGUAGGAAAUACUUCUGCAUAACGCCAAGGUUACUUCUAAAGUAUAUUAUAGAGAACAGUGAGUAAGAUUUCUUUGGAUUCAAAGAGCAGAACGUCGAGUAUGCGUAGUUUACAUGUCGUAAGUUAUUAUUAUUUAUUAUUAAUUUCGAUUUUUAGAGCUUUGAGAAUACUGUAACUUCUAAGUUCAAGCGCCGAGAAUGCACUCUAAUCGUACCAAGUGGUAGAAAUCCUGGAAAGUGGGUUUAUCAUUUUUAUGUAUUGUAACUCCUGUUGUGUUUUUAAAGAUGUAUGUGUGGACUCAACAUAAUUGAUCAUGAGAGCGGCUCUGAAAUCUUACACCAGGUUCCUGUGAAUGGAAAAAGGCUGUGGUCCAUUACGGAGAAUUGUAAACUGUUUCCAACGAAUGCAUUUGGAACAAUUGAAUUUGAAGGCGGUCCUCAUCCCUUGAAAGCACAGUAUCUAAGAUGUAGUUUUGAUUCAAAUCCAGCUGAUAUCAUAAACUACAUUCAAAAAGUUUGGAAGGUUGAAGCUCCUAGAUUGGUGGUUACAGUUUACGGUGGAAUGACCAACUUUCCGUAGGUUCAUUGGGUAGAUAUAAGUGAAUAGACUUCAGCCAAAAUUGGCCCGUGUGUUUCGAAAAGGAUUGAUGAAAGCGGCAGGGAUUUCUGGGACAUGGAUCUUCACUUCUGGAAUUGACUCUUGUGCUGUUAAUCAUGUCACCGAGGCCUUGUACGGACAGUCCUACAAUCUUCGAGCCAAACCUAUAACCAUUGGAAUAGCUCCAUGGGGACUUAUGAAGCAAAGGGGGAAUCUUAUUGGAAUGGUUUGUCGGAACGGGGAAUGAACUUUCUUUUAAGGACAAAGUUGUGUCAUAUUACCGAGCAGUUCGACGGAAUGAUGACGGACUUGUAGAACUGAACAGGAAACACCUAUUCUUCCUUUUGGUGGACAAUGGAACAACAGGACGGUAAUGGUUCUAAUCUAAACUUGGUGACAAAACAUUUUUAAUCAUUUUUAGAUACGGAGCGGAUAUAUUCCUUCGACGUCGUUUAGAAUCAUAUAUCACAGAGAAACAGACCUUGGACAUCGGGUCUAGAAGAGUUCCGGUAGUUUGUUUGGUCCUUGAGGGUGGUCGAAGUACGGUAAGAUGUGUCCUUGAUUAUGUGACAAGUGUCCCUAAAAUCCCUGUCGUAGUUUGUGAUGGAAGCGGUCGGGCUUCCGACCUGAUAUCUUUUGCCCACAAAAGAUUAAAAGUGGAUGGGUAAGAGACUACUUGACUAUGCUAUUGCUUUAGAGAAAUACGAGAGGUGAUCAGAGAACAGCUCACAUCCUUGAUCAAGGAUGUUUUUGGUUAUGAUGCUAAACGAGCAAAAGCCUUAAUCUCUGAGUUAAUCCGGAUUGUACGGCAGAAGGAGCUGGUGACUGUAUUCAGACUGGGAGAGACCCCCAAGCAGGAUCUUGACAAUGCCAUCUUGACCGCUCUAUUGAAAGGACAAAACCUAACACCGAUUGAGCAAUUAACCUUAGCCUUGGCGUGGGACCGCGCAGAUGUUGCCAGAUCUGAUAUAUUUGUAAUGGGUCAGGUUUGUAAAACGUUUUCUCAAGAAUAUUCGUUAGGAAAUACCAAAGAAAGCAUUGUAUGCCGCCAUGAUGGAUGCAUUAAUUCACAACCGAGUUGACUUUGUCAGAUUACUUCUGGAAAACGGGGUAUCAAUGAAGGAGUUUCUGACGAUAGCCAGGCUCGAAAACCUUUACAAUUCCAGUCAAGGUCCCAAAAACACUUUGCCUUACAUCGUUGAUGAUGUUGUGAAGACACAUUUCGAUCGUUAUGAGCUCAUCCAUAUUGGUCUCGUUGUCGAGAAGCUGAUGGGGAAUGGAUUCCGUUCUUCUUACACGAACAAUUCGUUCCGACAAAAGUACGAAGAAUACCGACAAAACGUCCUUUUGAAUCCGAAGAAUAUUCGCCAGGAAGAGAACGUUCUCAGCACGGUGAGUACAUCUCAAGGGCCGCUGACACAAGACCUGGGGAUUGUGCCUCCAAUCUCGGGGAACAGGGCCCUCAGUAAUCAUAUUGUUUGGCGGUCGGUCAAUCGAAAUGGGUUCCUCAAUCGCCCAGACCUUCCUACCCUACCUGAUUCUGUUGUGAUUGACAUUGAUGAGGACGUGGGUAAGAAAUCGGUCAAUUGACAAUUGUCUCCAGAAAGUUCAAAGAACGGGACGCCUGACUUUGAAUAUCCAUUCAGCGAUCUUGUUGUCUGGGCUGUCUUGACCCGACGGCACAAAAUGGCAUUGUGCAUGUGGGAACAUGGAGAAGAGGCAUUGGCCAAGUCUUUGGUGGCUUGUAGGUUAUACAAAAGUUUGGCUAAAGAAGCAUCCGAAGAUUUCUUGGAUUUGGAUAUUGUAGAAGAACUAAGGAGUAACGCCGAGUAGGUUUUAUUUAAAAAAAUCUAACAGAGUUUUUACCUUGAAGGAUGGCCCGGACAUUUCCAAAAAAGCGAUCAAUUCAUUAUCGUUUGAUAUUUUGCACAAUUGUUGUACUAUGAUAACUGAAAGUCAGCACGAUUUUUUAGUUUCAGAAAGUACCAUCCUUUUUCCCCAGUCCCGAAGCGAAAACAUUUCAAAAAUUUGUUCAAAUUUUUCAAAAAAUGCUUUUUCCCAAGUCCCGAAGCGAAAAAAUUUUAAAAUUUUUUUCAAAUUCACCAAAAAAUUCUUUUUUCCCAGUCCCGAAGCGAAAAUAUUAAACGGUAUCGUUGACCCGAAGUGUCGCGCGCGAACCGAGUUGUCCCUGACCCGAAAUGUCGUAACGCCGACACGUUUAAAUACACCAGAGUUUAUUUUACACGGGAAGUACCCCAGGUUUUAGCUCGCGCUUUUCAAGCGCCACCGAGAUAUUGAACGAUCUUUGUCGCGGAGAGAGUACGCCCAACGCGGAGAGCGGUCACAGAGAAAAACGCUUUUUGGCCAUAACUUUGGCAGUUUCGUGAGGAAAAAAUUUAUUUUUUGUGGAAAGAUUACCCUUUACGGUAGAAAUCGGUAUGCAACUUUUUGUGCCGAAAUUCGGCAAAAAGUUCUAAAUUUUCGCGGACUUUCGAUCUAAAAAUCUCGGUUGUUUCAAAAGCGCGAGUUAGGAUUCUCGCAUAUAUUUUAGAAAAAAUUAUUCUAAAUCUGUGCCAUGUUUCAUCAAAAUCUGAGCGUCGCACUUGGGGUACCUCCCCUGUUAGUUAAAAACAAGUUUGUACACUUCCCUAGUAAGGGGUUUUUCGCCCUUACAAACCAAACUUGGGUAGCUAAUUUUUACCUAUUCUUGACCAGCAUAAUUCGGCGAAUUUUUUGAUUUAUAUCUUGACCUGUAACUCCAUACCCCAUAGAAGUCCUUCCUCUAAAAUCGGUGUGGAACAGCCGCAAAUCUCACCGAAAUACGUUGUCGACGGUGGGGAACAUUCUUUAUAAUUGACGUUUUUUUCGUACAAUGUAGCCUUCUACCACUUCGAAAAUGACCAAGGUACCAUAUUUAUCAUAACCUUUCUGAAUUUAACUUGUCUCAACUUUUGAAACCUUUAAAAACUUUUUGACAUGUAUGUAACAACAAAAGUAGUCCUACGGUAAACGUGUCAAUUAUAAAAAUUUUCCUCAUGGUUGAAAACAUAAAACAGCGAGAUUUUUUCUUUUUACUCCUUCGGGUUUUUACACACGAACACAAUCUUUCUGAAUAUCUGCCGUACACGGUAAUUUCCGAAACAAAAAUUCGUGCUGAUGUUUAGCUAUGCUGUUACAACAAUUAUGCAAAACAUCAAAAGAUUCUGAGACAGUCAUUUUUUGAAAAUUUCCGGCCCUUGUUAUGAGAAGCUUCAGUCUGUAGAAAACUCUCUUAUAAAUUUUUGUAGAGAAUUUCGCGAAUUGUCGGUUUCAUUAUUGGAUCACUGUUAUAAGAACGAUGAAAUGCGGACUCUCGAACUGCUCACGUACGAGAUGUCUAAUUGGGGUAGGGAGACAAGCUUGACCUUGGCCGUGAUGGUUAAUAACAAACAAUUCAUCGCACAUCCUUGUUGCCAAGCAUUGUUGGCAGACUUGUGGCAUGGUGGUAUGCGGAUACGGUCAAGUACAAAUCUAAAAGUGAUCAUGGGUCUCCUUUUCCCCCCUUUGCUCGUUUUCAUUGACUUUAAAUCCGCCGAAGAAUUGAGAAGACAGCCUCAAACAGCAGCAGAGCAUGCAGAUGAUUCGUCGUCGGAAUCAGAUUCCCGAUCUGUCGGGUCAGGAUCGAGGUCAUCAUCUUCUUCAAGUUCUUCUUCCUCUACAAGCAGCUCUGAUGAUGAUGUUUCUGUUGAAGAGCAUGGUCCUCAAUUUGGCUCAAUGGCACGUUUUAUACCUAGAUUACAGGGUGUUUCAAGAGAUAUCGAAAAAACUUGCGAAUGUCCUCCUUGCUCUUUGCAGCUUUCAAUGAAAUUUAUGUUGCAUACUCCCGCACAUAUCUCUCUUACCACCGUUUAGCUCGGCUGUUAAUUGCGCUACAUGUUCCAAAUUUUGACUGACCUAUCAAAAAGAGCUGCAGAACACCUGGACUAACAGUUUUUUGGACAUUUUAAAACAAGGUUCGCGAGUAAGUCGAGCAACCGCAAAAUAGGGGUGCACCGGACUAUGUAAUUGAUCACAUAUAGUCAAUCUCCGUCCAUCAUACUGAGAGAUGUUAGGUAUUUCAUCAAGCAUGUGCAAAUCAUUGCAAAACUAAAUAGCCGGCCGGACUUUAGCGGCUUUUUACCUUUUCAGAAUCACCCAAACUGGCUGAAAUUAAACAUGGCUUAGCCCUACACAAUGUAGAGUAAAGUUAUGACCGGGUUCAUGCAACGUCGAGGUGAAACUACACGAAAACGCAAACCUGAGGAUUUUCUGGCAAACUUUGACAAUUUUGUAAUUAGAAAAGCGGAAUAGAUGCGUUUUAAAAGAUUUUUGCGCUAGUGCACGCACACAAUGCAAAGAUAGCGGGAGAUUGUUAUCCUACGUUCUUCAGUGUGCAGCAAAGAGUACUGUCGGGGAUUUUUAGUCUGUUUUCAAUUAUUUAGAGGUCGGUUAUUCCCAAGCUAUUUGUGUAAGGCAUUAAUGGCAUACUAAAAUCAGGUUAGUAAGAUCUUGUACCGGUAACUCCAAUAAGUCCCCUAUUAGUUUUUCUAAAACAAAAAAGUUGUCGUUGCCUUAGGGCGUGGUCAGUAUGAUUUAGCGUUUUAAGAUAACUGAACCAUGUCGCUUACUCAAGGUAACGGAGAAAACUUUAGUUAUUUUAGGUGAUCAGAAAGUUCUGUCCACCAAUUUUUGGAAAACUUGUAUACCUCGACUAACAAGGGAAGCCACUUAAAUCACAGAGCGAUUUUUAAAAACGACUGUUACGGCAAUGGAGGUGGCGGAAUGGGGAUAUCGAAUCUGGAAACCGCUACCUCCACCGGCCUCUAGGAGCCGAGAUAAUCGACCGACAAGUUUGGCCAAAAAAAAGUUGCCCCGAAAAGCUCCUCUUUUCGAAAGGUCGAACCGAAUGGUCCGGUGGUCUGGAAGCGCGCUUCCGGGCCUUUACCUUUUCAGGUUCGAAUCCGCAUGGGUUCGGACUUGUAAAUAAAUUUAUAAAACUUUCCCUGUGAUACAGUAAAUUUACUGGAAAAAUAAAAUUUUCUAUUUUUUCCAUAUUUUGCGUUAAAUAAGUGUCCAAAUUCCGGAAAUGUCUUGACGUGAAUUUUUGUAGGACCUUCGGUCGAUUUUUCGGCGCUACGCCUUUUCGGGUCAGGGACAGUUGGGGUCAACGAUACUAUGGAUCGCCUCGGUUCGCCGUUGUAUGCAUCGGGGAGGCAAUGGGAAGGCUUAGUUAGUAGAAAUAAUAAGACUGAUCGGGUCCUGGGAUAGCUCAUCCCCUAUUUCGAGGUAUUUUACAUGUACUUACAUCAAUAAUAUCUACAGGGUGUUCAGAGAAUUGUGGAAAAAACUAUUUAAUAAUAACUUUGCGCUAGGGGGUCCAAUCCGAAAAUUUUUUUUGCAUUUUACAGAAAAACCUUAGAGUUUUUAGAAUCUAAAAUUUUUUUUUCUUUUAUCGGCGGAGACUUCCGUAAUCCGCCUUGAAUUCGGCGGAGUGUUUUUUUCACAAAAAGAGGCUGUAAAUCGUUGUAUGGGUAAAGAAAAUGGGCGGAAAAGGAUCCAGAAGAUACAAUAUGACAUUUCUUUCAAAUUUCUGUGCUUCGGCGGAGACAUUUUUUAACCUCGGCGGACGAUUUUUCUUCGACUUCGGAUAGUCAAAAUUGGCUAGAACCAAAGCGUAUUGUAUCCCGAGUGGCAUGGCGUCUAAAAACGACUUAUUAUGUCUUCAGCCGGCUGGCAGACGAAAAAACGGCAAUUCGGAGGAGAAAUCGGCGAAGAAAAAAUUAACCCAUUUUUAAAAGAAAUUAUGAUGAGAAAACUAAAGUUGUAGAGGGUGGGCCACUCGAAACUCCCAACCUCUUUUCAGGUAUUUCUCCGCCAGUAAUGCACCAAUUUCUAUAAAAUUUAUAUCAAAUUGAAGCUGAGACAUUCCAUUUCUUGUCCACCAAAUAUGGCCCGUCUAACUUCACGGAGGCACCCGUGAACCUUUUACAUUUUCAUUCUAAAUUUUGGGACGCGAAAUCGGUGAAACUUGGAAUUUUUUUGGAAUGAUUUUCAAUUGAGUUUCUCGGACUUGGAAAAUCUUUGGAUUAAGGCAAGAAAAAAGUUGCCAAAAAUUAAUUAUCUGAACACCGGGUAAAUAAAAGUUACGGAUCUUCGUUUUUUGCUGCUAAUGUUGGUUUAUAUGUUACAAUAACUCAGGGCAAAGAAAACUAAGGUUAUAAAUAGCUAAAAUUAGAAAGAAUGGACAUCGCAAGGCUUCGCCAAGUCUCCGCCGAGCGUCUGCCGACCAUCCGACCGCUUUGCCAGGCCUCAUAGGCACUUCCUACAACCUUUUUUGGUGUAUCCACCUGCCAUACGUCUCGUAUCGAUCGGUUUUGUGUUGACCCGAACUGUCGUCGACCCGAAAAUUCGGGAAGCGACGCUGCGGGAAGUUUAGAUGAUUCCAUUGUUAGAUAUUUCUUGAAACACCUUGUACAGUACUCUUUUUUAGCUGUUUCGAAGCAAACGAAAGAAGCCAAAGCAGCAACUCUCGAUAACUAGUAAUAUACAGAGUGAGAGGGAUGAAUACGUUUUGUCACCACCAAAAUGCAGUCGGACGCAAAGUAAAUUAAAGUCGACGGAAAAUCUUGGAGGAACCUCAGAUACGGCCAGUUUUAAUGGGCGGGGAAGUUUUCGACCGCUGAAGAAGGGAAAAUCCAUAUUCUCUGGGAAGUGGAAGAUAAAAGACGUAAGAAUUGGUUGUUUUCGAGGUAAUGAGAUGAAUAACAGGUAAUCGUUUUAUAUUUUCAGGAUAAAAUUCGUUUCCAAAGAAGAAUUUACGAAUUCUUCGUUGCCCCGAUUACUACAUUUUGGUCGUGGACGCUAAGUUUUGCUGUAUUUCUCAGCUUAUACACUUAUAUUUUACUGGUUAAAACUCCGAUUAAACCGUCCAUACUUGAAUGGAUAGUAUUCUCAUAUGUUGUCGGAUUCGGGAUGGAGAUUGUUCGCAAGGUGAGUUCUAGAGAGAAUCAUCAUUCGGGGUUUAGUUGUGUAUGUCGGACCCUAAAUCAAUUAGAGAAAAAUUUGAAUAUUUCUUUUUGAAUUAUUGGAAUGCUCUAACUACGGUCGCUAUCGGCACUUAUCUUGUUGGAUUUGGGUUACGAUGCAAUCCAAGUACAAGGUACGUGUCCUUUUGAGCAGGGGUAUAAGUUGCAGGAGCGCGGGCCGAGUUGUGUUGGCCACGAAUUCAAUGUUGUGGUCCAUAAAGUUGCUUGACUUCUUGAGUGUUCAUCCCAGAUUCGGACCUUAUGUCACCAUGGCGGGCAAAAUGGUGAGUUUUUAUUCAAAGUUUACUCAUUAAUUUCUAGAUCAUGAAUAUGUCUUCAAUCGUGGUCAUGUUGGCCAUAUCUCUCCUCGCGUUUGGUUUGGCCCGUCAAUCGAUUACGUAUCCCAAUGAAGAAUGGAGCUGGCUUUUGCUAAGAAAUGUGUUCUACAAGCCCUACUUUAUGUUAUAUGGAGAAGUUUAUGCUGAUGAGAUCGAUACUUGUGGAGAUGAAGCCUGGGAUGAACACAUGGAGAAGAGGAUCCCCGUUGAUGCGUUGACAAAUACUUGUGGGUUUCCAAACUUGUGUUAAGAGGUUUUUUGUAGCUAUGAGUUGCGUGCCUGGCCAUUGGGUUCCACCUUUGUUGAUGACAGUUUUCUUGUUAAUUGCUAACAUUUUACUCAUCAGUAUGCUGAUCGCCAUUUUUAAGUAAGGUCUCUUUGGGUAGUGUACAGCCAUGUUUCUUAUUAUUUAUUUAACCGUUCUUUCAGUAAUAUAUUUGAUGCCGCAAAUAAAAUCUCCCAUCAGAUCUGGCUUUUCCAGCGCUACAGACAAGUCAUGGAAUAUCAAAAUACAUCGAUCCUGCCACCACCUUUGACACCACUCUAUCAUCUUCAUUUAGUUUACAAAUAUCUUCGCUUUCGUUAUGAAAUACGAAGAGAAAGGCUUGUCCAGAACGAGAUAAAUUCUGGAGACGAUCCGAAGAAAAUUCAGACAGCGGAAAAGAAGAGAAAACAAAAAGUCAGGCUACUGAGAGAACAGCUCUUCGAUGCCACUCUUAGUAUGUUUGUUAAUCAGUAGCACUAACGUGGAUUUAGAACUUUUUUUUAAUCGAGAGCAAAUCGAAAAGAUGCACGAUUUUGAAGAAGAAUGCAUGGAAAGUUUGGCACGGGAGAAAGAAUUCCUUAGUAGCAGAACAAACGAAGAACGGCUCAGAAGAACGGUGGAACGUACUGACAAUAUUCUGCAGAGAGUAAACGAUCUGUCACAGAAAGAAAGUUAUUUUUCCGAUUCCAUCAAUCACUUUGAAAACAGGCUAGAGCACAUUGAAAACGCACAGGUAGAUAAACUAUGGAAGUGCAAUACACUCGUUCAUUCCAGGUCGAAACUCUAAAGUAUCUGAAGCAUUUGUCAGAAGCCCUACCAAGAUUAUACGAUGCUUUAUUAUGUGGUGAAGAUGAUGAGAAUAUGGAAUUAAAUCUGGAGAAAAAAUCAUCCAAGCAGACAAGUGGAAUGGUAUUUCAUCUACUGUUAAUCUGUAUUUUAAUUCUCAAUAUUUUUAGUCUGAAGCGAAACCAGAUAUGGCAGAAGGAAGCAAUGAAAUGCGUAAUCGAAGUAGAACAACUACCAUUGGAGGAGAGGCAUUUCAGAAACUAGGAAACAAGUCCUCCACCAGUUUUGGAAAUCUUCUUUCCACUGAGGCAAUCCCAAUUAAAACCAGCGGAGUGUCUGUUAAUGCGUUCAGAAGUAGUGUGCGAAGACCACAAAGGAACGAGUAUACCUCGAUAACAGACACCAUUGAGAUUGAUCGUGCUGAGGCCAGGGCCCCUUUCACUCCAAAAUUCGAAAGAGGAUAUAUUGAAAGCACAGGUAAAGACGCUUCCAAAAUAGUGACCUUGUUUAGUGGAAGAUUAUAUAACCGAUGAAGAAGAAGGCGAGGCGCAUGAUGACUCUAAUCCACACGAAGUGAGGUCGACUUCGCAAGGUCUCGCUUACUAUGACGACCCUCAGUAUCAGUCGCAGAGGGAAGAUAACGACGAUGAUUACCCCAACGAGAACCGCGACACUCCAAACACAACACUUCGAAGGGCCAAAUCUUCGUUUAUACGGACCCACAAUCAAAGGAUGAGGGAAUACGAAGAGGUAUGCUUAAAAGAGUGUUUUUUAAAACUUGAAGGAUGGCCCGAACAUUUCCAAAAAACGACUGUCUCAGAAUCUUUUGAUUUUUGCAUAGACUAGCUAGCAAAGUAAUGGCCAAAAAGUGUUUUUUUUUUCCUCUGACCGCUCUCCGCGUUUAGCGUACUCUCUCGGCCCAAAGAUCGCUGAAUAUCUCGGCUGCGCCUUCAAAGCGCGAGCUAAAACGUUGAGGAACUGCCGUUGCAACGGCUAAAAUCAAGUUUACGUUACACCUCCGUGGAUUUUACAGUAUGCUUUUUUGCAUUUUCGAUUUUACGCACAUCCGCGGAGCCGCGGCGGAGACCUCAGAUUUCGGCGGACGUUGUUUUGGGGGUUUGGCUUUUGCAAAUUCAUGUUGAAAAAGAGGUUGGGGCGAUUUUUUGUUGUCAUACGAUGCACAGAUGGCAAAAAUUUCGUAAAAAUUUCAUACUUUCUUUCACCGGGCGGAGGCUUUAUCAAAGGAAAAAACAGUCUUAGGAGUCCGGGAAAAAUCUCAGCUACAAGAUUUGUCCGCCGGACCAAAAAAAUCGGAAAUCUUUGAGAGAUGAUGUUGCUCUGAUGGAUUCUUGUAGCUGAGAUUUUUCCCGGGCUCCUAAGACUAUUUUGACGCUUUGAUAAAGCCUCCGCCGAGUCCUCCGCCGUGGAAAAAAGUAAGAAAUUUUUGCCAUCUGUGCAUCGGAUGAUAACAAAAAAUCGCCCCAACCUCUUUUCCAACAUGAAUUUGCAAAAGCUAAACCCCCAAAACAACGUCCGCCGAAAUCUGAGGUCUCCGCCGCGGCUCCGCGGAUGUGCGUAAAAUCGAAAAUGCAAAAAAUCAUACCGUAAAAUCCACGGAGAUGUAACGUAAACUUGAUUUCAGCCGUUGCAACGGCGUUUCCGCCAUGUAAUGCGAUGUGAUUUUUAAAAAAGGCCCUAAUUGUCUCCGUCGAGAAGUGGUCCCUCCGCCGACGAAAGAAAAAAUUUUUUUUUAGAGAUUCUAAAAACGCACGACGUGAAUUUUUAGAACCAAAAAUAAAUUCGUUGAUAGCUGCAAAAAACACAAAGAUAUAAGAAAAUUAUUUGUCCAAAGUUUCUUGAAACACCCUGUAUUACAACAAUCAUGCAAAACACCAAAAGAUCCUGAGACAGUAAUUUUUUGGAAAUGUCCCUGGACAUUUCCAAAUAUGAGAAGCUGUAAAAAAACUCUCUUUUAAAUUGGUAUUCGCCCUAUAAUAUUAUAGGAAAUCGCCGGUGACAGCGAUUUGCCCGGACCCAGCAAGCUAACGAACGGUUCAGAUGCCGAAAAAGAAGCAGGGUCCCCGAGGUCCACGGAACGAAGUGCUAACUCAUCUUCUGAAUUUCUACAAUUUAUAGGAACCUCAAACGAUCCAGAAAAGAAACACUCACGAGAGAGCAUUUAA